UCAAAUCCACGCAUGGCGCCGACCCAACCACCAGGCCCUCCAUGCCGCCACCGCCGAUUCGAGGUCAGAUGGUCCGUCGCCGCAGACCCGGCCGCCGCCGCCGAACGCAGCCAAGGCCGCUGCCUGAAGCAGGGCCGGCCGCCGCACCCGCCACCAUCGCCGCCCUAGGCCGCGGCGGCCACCGCCGGUCAAGGCAGGCCCGCCACGCCACCAAGGCCAGAUCGGCCGUGCCACCACACGCCGCGGGGCUCCGCACCGCCCCCAUGACGCAGGAGAGAGGGAAGGCCCCGCUACCGCCGUCAGCCCUCAGGCUAUAGGCCGGCGGCGUCCUUCGGCGGCGGCGGAGGGAGGGAUGGAAGGACGGGGAGCCCCCGGCGGCUAGGGUUGCGAUCCCGCCUGAGUCGCCCGAGCGGGGGCGACGCGUGGGGGGUUGGAUUUCGACGAGUACGACUCCAAUCUUCCUGCCUCGGACCAGCUAGCGGUCGCUUCGGUGGCGGCGCCCGUGGCCAUCCAGCCCUCCUGUCCGAUGCUAGGAGGGGGUGGAUUCGGGAUGUGCGCUCAAUGAAGAUUCUGGUCCCACUCCGGCGUCGGGGUGUCGUGUGUCGAGCGGCUCCGGCAGGCAGCCCAAGAAGACAGCAGGACGGAAGCCUGGGUCCAAGACGGUGGCGCCGGUGGCUCCUGGGCCUGUGGAGGUGAUGCGUGGCGAGCUCGGGGCGGCUCUGGUGGCGUCCGACCCUUCCGUCAAAGCCAAGCGAUCCAAGGCGACCCCCGUGGUGCAGCGCGCCCCCAGCAUGCGCGCCGAUGCCAAGCUGGGGGACAUAAUGUCCCUGGAGAGUGCCAAGCUGCGCGCGGCUGAUAAGAACAGGAUGUGUCAGGUUAUCUUCCGAGCCACUGCAUUGAUCUAUAUAUGGUCGCUACUCACUCCGACGGAGGCCAGUGAGCAUUUGGUUACUGGAUCUAUCCGGUGGGAGAUGGUAGCACGGGAUAUUUUCAACCGGUUUGGAUGGCGGUCAUGUAAUAGGAUAGGCAAUUAGUUUCCUUAUCUUGUUUAUGCCGGCCGGUUGUGGCGCUAUGGUUACUUCUUUAUAGGCUCUUUGUGAGCUUUUUUCUUUUUUCUGUCUUUAUGACCUUAAGACCUUUGUUGAACCUAUUUGCUUUAUAAUAAAAUUGGCCGUAUGCAUCGCUCUGAUGCAGAGGCCGGGGAGUCCCCCCUUUUCGAAAAAAUAAAAAAAUAAGUGAGGUGCGGGUGCAGCUGGUUGUGGAAAAUUCACAUUCGAUGUUUGUCAACUGCCAACUGUACUGGGUUGUGAUACUGACCGCAUUUUACUAGCUUGAAUCAGUUACUCAAUUUUACAAUUAUGUCUCUGAAAAUGUAGGAUUUGAUUAAAUGGUUAUUAAAAUAUGUUUCACAUUCUGUUUAGUUCUAAUGAACAUUAAGUGCUUACCCAACAUUUUUACAUUUUCUAGUGCUUUAUUACUACGCCCUGCGUUGCAAUAUUAUUGAAGUUUUAGGUUUGUCCUAAGUCAAACUUGUUUAACUUUGACCAACUCUAUAGGAAAAAUGUGUUAGGAUCUGCAACCCCAAAUACACAUAGUAUGGAAAUAUAUUUUAUAAAGAAUCUCAUGAGACUAAUUUGGUGUUCUAGAUGUUAAUAUAUUUUUCUAUAGACGUGGUCAAACUUAAACAAGUUUGACUUAGGAGAAACAUAGAACUUCAAUUAUUUUGGA